CAGUUAAUCAGUUCUAAAACAUCUAACAACAAAUCCCCAAUUUCAUGCACUCUCCAAAUUCGACGAAAACAGAAGAAGAAUUCUAGAUUGCAGGUGCCGAAGGAUCCGAGAGAAUGUUGCGUCAAGGGCGGAAUCUGCUACGGCCCCAAUUGCAUCUGAACACUGUCGAUUUAAGGCGCGCUGCGAGCGGGGCGGCGUCUAGCCCUAGCCUGUCGAUAUGGCGGCGGAGGAAGGAGAUGGGGAAGGAGGGUUUGAUGGUGGCGAAGGAGCUCAAGCGCCUCCAUUGCCACCCCAUGCGCUUCGAGCGCUUCAUGAAGACUCAUGUCUCACGCCUCCUCAAAUCCGACCUGAUUGCCGUGCUUGCUGAGUUUCAGCGCCAAAACCUCGUUUCUCUCUCGUUGAAGCUGUAUGAUGUGGUGCGGAAGGAAAUAUGGUAUCGGCCAGAUAUGUUUUUCUAUCGCGAUAUGCUGAUGAUGCUUGCCAGAAACAAAAAGGUCGAUGAAGCUAGGAUGGUUUGGAAUGAUUUAAAGGGGGAGGAAGUCCAUUUUGAUCAGCAUACAUUCGGAGAUCUUAUCAGAGCCUUUCUGGACAAUGCAUUGCCAGAUGAAGCUAUGUGGAUAUAUGAUGAGAUGAGAAGUUCACCUGAUCGCCCACUAUCAUUGCCUUAUCGUGUCAUAUUAAAAGGGCUAAUCGCGUACCCUGAAUUGAGGGAGAAGGUGAAGGAUGACUUUGUGGAGUUAUUCCCUGACAUGAUUGUUUAUGAUCCUCCAGAUGAUCUUUUCAGUGAUGAAGGCCAUUCAGUAACGGAUUUUGAGGAGGAUUAGAAUGUAUUUCUGUUAUAUUAUAUAUAGUCACACAUUUGAAUAUGCAAUGGUGAUCAGCUGACCAACUAACUGAGUUGGUUACAGAAUUGAGAUAAAGCUUCAAUGUUUCUGCAGAGUUGCUCAACAGUACUGCCAAUUUGGAGUUUGAUGGUCCAUUUGAAUCGUAGGGGAGAUAUGUAUUUGAUGGAACAGCUGCAGCUAUUCAUCAUAAAAGGGGUCCCUAAGAUUAUUGACAUCCAAGUACGUUCUGUGCCUCUUCAGAUUAUAGUCCUCAUUGCAUGACUUGUUUUUUGUAUUUGAUCUUCCAGUUAAGGAUAAUAAAUUAACCCCUAAAGAUGCUGGUUUUAACCAUGAUGAAUGUUAUUUUACCAUUGCAAAGAAAUCACUUUAAUUUGAAUUAGAGAGUGGAAAUUUUUGUGACAGAAUGUAGCAUAGCUUAUAGGAAUUAAUGUUACUGAACUCGUAACUUCCUCAUUUUGGUCGUUAAAUUGAAAAUCUGGUGUUUGACUGAUGAACAAAAUAAGUUUGGACCUAGCUGAUUAUAGAAGUUUUAAUAUGAUAAUAAUAUCACCGUUGUAUCAUCUUUUCGUAUCCUUUUGUGGUUUUGUGUUGUUCACUAUGCGUGCAAUCUGCAAAGAUUCUAUUUGGCUAACAAUUUUGAAAGUUUAACCAACUAAUAUAAUUCUCUCUUUCUUAUGUUUUGUUUUGUUUUGUUCGUCUCUCUAAUAUGAUAACUGUUCAACACUGGUAGAAUUGGAGAAGGCCGACGACGAGGCCCAUCCUAAACAGUUCAAGUAGAAAGAGCAGGGUGCCAUCAAGUUGCAUCUGCUGUAUGACUUCUUCAACUUGCUGACUUUCUCGUUGCCAUGCGUUCUUUAAAAGCUUUUGGAUCCAGUUACAUUACUGAAAAAUAAUCAUGUUUUUAUCAUAAAGCAAUGCCAUUAAUCUUAAUUCCCUUUGAUUGAUCAAUGCUCAGUGAAAUUAGUUUAUUGGCAAUUUAACAUUAUCUCUACUUCC